GAUUGUCAAACUGCGGCUCUGAGCAUAGUUGAUGAUGCCGAGGCCUAAAUGGCUUGGCGCCAGUCCCCGCAAACUCCGCAAAUCUCCAACUCUUUCUCCACGAUCAAGAGGCGGCGAGUCAUCGUCAUGAUCGAGCCGAAGUUUGGGUACAUACCCCCAUUAGGCGAUCUUUCUCGCCAAUUCUCGAAAGAUUUCGCAAUCGGCUGAGGGCCAUCCUCAAUUGAACCUACUGUUUCUCCUCGCGGUCGACGUCCGCGUACACGUCUCGACAUGUCGCAGACUAUGAAUUUCUCAGUCCCGGCAGACCUCCAGCAGUACCUCAAAGACCUCGAUGUCUUCAUCGAAGAGAAGAUCGUCCCACUUCAGAACAUGGACGACAACAACCGCUUUUUCGACCACCGCCGCGAACAUGCACGCACCGACUGGGACAACGGCGGCCUACCUCGCAAAGAAUGGGAAGACCUCCUCCACGAAUCGAAACGGCUCGCCGACGAAGCUGGCUUCUACCGGCUGUCGCUUCCAAAACAAUACGGCGGGCGGAGUAGCGAAGAUGGCCGAGGGAGCAAUCUGUGGAUGGCGGUUAUAAGGGAACACCUUGCGAGCAAAGGAUUGGGUCUGUUCAACGACUUGCAGAAUGAACAUUCCAUGGUCGGCAACUUCCCGGACGUAGUCAUGCUGAUGAACUACGGGAACGAGCAGCAGAAGGCGGAAUUGAUACAGGGACGGUUGGCUGGAAAAGUUCGGAUAACGUUUGGGUUGACAGAACCUGGUCAUGGGUCGGAUGCGACGCAUAUGGCGACAAGAGGACGCUCGGAAAGGAGGAAUGGUGUCGAUGGGUGGCUGCUGAAUGGGUACAAGAAAUGGCAGACCGGAAUGCAUGCAGCCACGCACUGCUUCAUUUUCGCUAGAACGCAAGGCAAGGAUGGCGAGGCGAAGGGAAUCUCGUGCUUCGUCGUCCCUCGGAACACUCCAGGUCUCGUCGCAGAGUCGUACGAAUGGACCCUCAAUAUGCCUACGGAUCACGCUACAGUCUCUAUAAAGGACGUCUGGGUUCCCAAUAGCGCUAUCAUCGGGCCGGUCCACAAUGGCUUAGGCGUUGCUCAAGCCUUCGUCCACGAAAACCGCAUUCGGCAGGCGGCCUCGUCCCUGGGCGCCGCCGUAUACUGUGUCAAACAAUCCGUCGAAUAUGCGAAUGAUCGCGCUCCCUUUGGAACUCCCCUCUCGCACAACCAAGGCAUCCAGUUUCCGCUCGUAGAACUCGCAACGCAAUGCGAGAUGCUGAGGCAGCUCAUACGGAAGACGGCCGUCGAGAUGGACUCUAUGCCGCACGUGGAGGUCGAGAAGAGGAUUGGCGAUAAGGUCUCUAUGUGCAAUUACUGGGCGAACAGGCUGUGCUGUGAAGCUGCCGACCGAGCUAUCCAGGUGCACGGGGGUAAUGGUUAUUCGAGGCAUUACCCUUUCGAGCACAUAUGGAGACACCAUAGGAGGUAUAGGAUUACUGAAGGUAGCGAGGAGAUCCAGAUGCGCAGGGUUGCCGCGUACCUGUUCGGAUUUGGGGGCAGGAAGAGCUUAACGGAUGCCACUGUGAAGGAGUCGAAGCUAUAAACGCCGAGUUAUGCAUGAACCGAUC